GUAAGACCCGGGGAAAGAAGCCAAUCACUAGGAACGCCAAGGCGGCGCAGACCAUCUGCUCGCGAGGGUAGCGGAUUAUCGGAUGACGCUACUACAUCGGGUGAACGUCAACGGACUUCCUCGGAACCACCUCAAGGCGGAAACAUGCGACGCCGGCAGGGAAGUGAACCGGAUCCAGACGGUGAGUCGCGAGAAAGGGGAACGCCAUCACAUCCGGCACGAACACACCGGGGAAGGGGCUCGGGAGGAACGGGUACUCCGGGUGCCGAUGACCGAGCGACCAGGAACGGGGACGCUGGAGGAAGCAUGGAACCUGGCGCCACGGGGAACGGAAGCGAGCACCCUCGUUCCAGUACCAGAUGCGGAGUGUGCUCGGGUCAGGGUGCACGGGUGCGGGGCCCAACACUCUCGGAAGGACAGCCUGGAGGUGGCGGUACAAGCUAACCCGGUGCUGCAGCUACGAGCUGAAAGACUGAUAAGGGGGUUAAACGACGAACCCCACGGAGCACGUUCGCUGUACAUCUGGAACCAAGACAGUCUGGGAAUAGGGCCUGCUUUGGACAAUAUCAGCAUGGAUGAUCUCACACUCAGGUUCCAAACGGGACCCCACUUUCCACUAUCCGGGUCAUCGAACUUUGGUACCUCCUACCAGGUAUUCUGCACUCCUUUUGAUGGUCGGAUAGCUCGAAAAAAACGCUUUAGAGGGGAUAUAUCGUCCGUUCUUCCUUGGCUGAUUGAGUAUACCAAGGCGGCGAGUGCAAGGAGCAGGGGACCGGCACGGGAAGACACACCCGACGACAAGUUCAAAAGGGCGGCGCAGGCAUGCCGGCACUCUGGAGGCGUGAAGGACGCAGCAAGUGCGCCCCUAGCCGAUCAACCGUCACCGGGGAACGACGAGACAUGGGCACGUCUGAAAGCCAAAUUUCCGCAUGAGGAUCCCGUACAAGUGGAGCAGGCCAUCGCCGAAGCCAUAACUGCAAGCCGCACCGAGGAGGAGGAAGGAAGCGCCCCGAGAUGGAGGCCAGAAACCGAGUUCGAUCCACAAGUAUUCCUUCAAGUCAUCAACAGAAGAAGCUCUAACUCUGGAGCAGACAAUGACGGGCAACGUUUCUCCCACCUUACGUCCAUCGUCAACACUAAAAUUGGUCGGGAAGAGUUCAGCAACGCGAUGUCGUCCCUUUGGAGGAGGCUCAUCAACGAUCCCAACGCGUUCCCACCGGAGUUCUGGACUCUUUGGAAACAAUCCAGUCUAAUCGCCCUCGGUGAAAAGUGCCGUCCAGUGUGCAUUGGAAUGACUUGGAGAAGGCUGAUUGCAGCGGGAACGGUCAGGGAGUGGAAACCGAAACUGGAAGAAAUAUUUCGGGAAGCGGACCAAUUCGGAGUGGCGGUAGCUGGAGGAGUUGAACAAGUUGCGAUGGACGCACAACUGGUUCAUCAGACAGGUCAUUGGGUAGUCCAGACGGAUUGCUCAAAUGCCUUCAACACGGGCAAGCGCACCGCCAUAAUGGCCCAGGCCGCAAAGAACGUCCCGGAUCUCGUGGGGUACAUCGCCAGGUGUUACGACGAAAUCCCGGCAAAGGCGAUAUACACGAUGGACUCCGGAGAGCGUCGGACGAUCGAGUGCAAGAGCGGUGUGCAGCAAGGAGAUGGAAUGGGACCGCCCCUGUUCUGCUUCAUCCUAGUCCCGAUCGUCUUGAAGCUUAGAGCCAAGAGGCUGCUUGGCGAUGCAGGCCUACCGAUUGCGGAGGAGGGCAUCACAAUUGUCGGAGUCCCCAUUGGGACGGAUGCCUACGUCGAGGAUAUCGCAAUGAAAGUGAUAACUGAAGGGGGUGCAGACAAGCUUGCUCGCAUGCUGGUGCGCAUGCCAGACAAACAGGUGGCUCACCUCGUCACAUCCCAAUCGCUAACACAGCGAUCCGGAUAUAUCGAGAGAGGCAUCAAUCAUAAGCUAGUGAAAGGGGCUUGUAAACGCCUGGACAAUAUGGUGAUGUGGGUCCUAGAGGCAACGAUGGGGCUCAGAGACACCGAAGUCGAAGAAGAGUUCUUCCAAGACGACUGCCAGCCUGACCGCUUCAAGUUAAAGCCCUAUCAACAAGCCCAGGCGCGCCUGUCGACAGGAGCCGGAGGACUAGGAUUACCAGCAGCCGUUAUGCGAAGGUUCUCAGCUUCUCUGGGCAACCUAGUCGGCACCCUUCCUGCGGUUAUAGCCGCGUUACGGGGUCCAUUGGGAGAGUCGGUGAGAGUUCGGAUACCGGGAACCGUGUUGGUGGAGCGGAUGGGGGACGCUAUCAAAGAACUCAACCAGGAGCAUGGAGUAUCGGUGGAGAUUCUGAAGGGGACCCUUCCCCCGUCAUGGGUUGAGUGGGCCUUAGAACCGGCAGGAGAAACUUGA